CAAGCACUCUUCUAAUAUCUGACCUUUAGUCAGUGUAUGAUUUUCUUUAUGAGAGUAAAAGGAAGCAGGUUAUGAAAGAGCUAUUAGGUGAAUUUACAAGUUACCCAGAAUUCAAAGCUCUAAUCUAAAAGGUCUAAGUAUUGUUUCAAAAGGCGAAGAUAUUCUAACAUUGCAAAACAAAACAAAAAUCUUCUAGCCCCUCUCUCAAUUGAAGUGAUGAAACCCAAAGAAUUCAUAGAACAAAAUGGACAAAAUUAGAAGACUAGCUAUCUAGAAAUCCGCCAUUGGUGAAGUGAUGAAGAACAUUUACUGGUUUAUUCUGACACUUGUCAAUUUUGUGACUCUUGGCUGCAUAUGGAUUUCUGGGAUACAGUGUACAGUUUUAAACAGCUGCCUAAAGUCAUGUGUAACUAACCUGGGUAGGCAGCUUGACAGUGGUACACCAUGCAAUCUGAGUGAACUGUGCAUCCAAGGAUGUCAUUUUUGGAACUCUCUAGAUCAGGAAAACUGUGCUUUAAAGUGUAAUGAUACCUUUGCUACCACAUGUGAGCGAGAGUCCUGUGAGAUCGGCUGCAGCAGCGCGGAAGGUGCAUACGAAGAGGAAGUACUGGAAAAUGCAGACCUUCCCACUGCACCCUUUGCUUCUUCUAUUGGAAACCACAGUGUGACAUUACGAUGGAAACCUGCCAAUGUCUCUGGAGUAAAAUACAUAAUCCAGUGGAAAUUUGCACAACUCCCGGGAAGUUGGACUUACACGGAGGCUGUGUCCAAGCUCUCAUACGUGGUCGAACCCCUGCAUCCCUUCACUGGAUACAUCUUUCGAGUGGUUUGGAUCUUCACAGCCCAGCUGCAGCUUUAUUCCCCGCCAAGUCCCAGUUAUAGGACCCAUCCUUAUGGAGUUCCUGAAACUGCUCCUCUCAUUAGGAAUAUUGAGAGCUCAAGUCCUGACACUGUGGAAGUCAGCUGGACUCCACCUCAAUUCCCAGGUGGACCCAUUUUGGGUUAUAAUUUAAGGCUAACCAGCAAAAAUCAAAAAUUAGAUUCAGGGACACAGAGAACCAGCUUCCAGUUUUACUCCACACUACCAAAUACUACCUACAGGUUUUCUAUUGCAGCAGUAAAUGAAGUUGGUGAGGGGCCAGAAGCAGAAUCUAGUAUUACCACUUCAUCCCUAGCAGUACAAGAAGAGGAACAGUGGCUCUUUUUAUCCAGAAAAUCUUCUUUAAGAAAGAGAUCUUUAAAAUAUUUAGUAGAUGAAGCACAUUGCCUUUGGUCAGAUGCUAUACACCAUAAUAUUACAGGAAUAUCAGUUAAUGUCCACCAGCAAGUAGUCUAUUUCUCUGAAGGAACUCUCAUAUGGAUGAAAAAGUCUGCCAGCAUGUUUGAUAUGUCUGACCUAAGGAUUUUUUACAGAGGUUCAGGAUUCAUUUCUUCUAUCUCCACAGACUGGCUUUAUCAGAGAAUGUAUUUUAUCAUGGAUGAACUGGUAUGUGUGUGUGACUUAGAGAACUGCUCAAACAUUGAAGAAAUUACUCCACGCUCUAUUAGUGCACCUCAAAAACUUGUGGCUGAUUCAUACAAUGGGUACAUCUUUUAUCUCUUGAGAGAUGGCAUUUACAGAGUGGAUCUCCCAGUGCCAUCUGGUCGGGACACUCGAGCUGUGCGUAUUGUAGAGGGUUUUAUGUUAAAUGACUUCGCAGUGAAGCCACAGUCCAAGCGAAUCAUUUACUUCAAUGACACCGCCCAAGUCUUCAUGUCAACAUUUCUGGAUGGUACUGCUUCCCAUCUGAUCUUACCUCAUGUCUCCUUCACUGGUGUGAAGAGCUUUGCUUGUGAAAACAAUGACUUCCUUGUCACAAAUGGCAAGGCCGUUUUCCAAAAAGACUCUUCGUCUUUUAAUGAGUUCAUUGUGGGAUGUGACCUGAGUCACAUAGAAGAAUUUGGGUUUGGAAACUUGGUCAUCUUUGGCUCAUCUGCCCAGCCAUACCCUCUGCCAGGCCACCCACAAGAACUCUCUGUGCUGUUUGGCUCUCACCAGGCCCUUGUUCAAUGGAAGCCUCCUGCUCUCGCCAUAGGAGCCAGCCCUUCCGCCUGGCAGAACUGGACUUAUGAGGUGAAAGUAUCAACUCAGGACCUUUCUGAAAUCACUCAUGUGUUCUCGAACAUAAGUGGGACCAUGAUGAAUGUGCCUGUGCUGCAGAGUGCUACAAAAUACAAGGUCUCCGUGAGAGCAAGUUCUCCCAAGGGGACAGGCCCCUGGUCGGAGCCCUCAGUGGGUACUACCCUGAUGCCAGCCGCAGAACCACCAUUUAUCAUGGCUGUGAAAGAAGAUGGGCUUUGGAGUAAACCAUUAAACAACUUUGGCCCAGGAGAGUUCCUAUCCUCUGACAUAGGAAAUGUGUCAGACAUGGACUGGUAUAACAACAGCCUCUACUACAGUGACACGAAAGGUGAUGUUUAUGUGUGGCUGCUGAAUGGGACGGAUAUCUCAGAGAAUUAUCACAUACCCAACAUUGCAGGAGCAGGGGCGUUAGCAUUUGAGUGGCUGGGUCACUUUCUCUACUGGGCUGGAAAGACAUAUGUGAUACAAAGGCAGUCUUUGUUGACAGGAUAUACAGACGUUGUGACUCAUGUGAAGCAGUUGGUGAAUGACAUGGUGGUGGAUUCAGUUGGUGGAUAUCUCUACUGGACCACACUCUACUCAGUUGAAAGCACCAGACUAAAUGGGGAAAGUUUGCUUGUACUACAGGCCCAGCCUUGGUUUUCUGGGAAAAAGGUAAUUGCUCUAACUUUAGACCUUAGUGAUGGACUCCUGUAUUGGUUGGUUCAAGACAGUCAGUGUAUCCACCUGUAUACAGCUGUUCUUCGGGGACAGAGCAGUGCGGGAGAUACCACCAUCACAGAAUUUGCGGCCUGGAGUACUUCUGAAAUUUCCCAGAAUGCACUGGUGUACUAUAGUGGUCGGCUUUUCUGGAUCAAUGGUUUUAGAGUUAUCACAGCUCAGGAAAUAGGUCAGAGAACCAGUGUAUCUGUUUCCGAACCAGCCAAGUUUACUCAGUUCACAAUUAUUCAGACAUCCCUCAAGCCUCUGCCAGGGAACUUUUCUUUUACCCCUAAGGUUAUCCCAGAUUCUGUUCAAGAGUCUUCAUUUAGGAUUGAAGGAAAUGCUUCGAGUUUUCAAAUCCUGUGGAAUGCUCCCCCUUCAGUGGAUUGGGGGGUUGUUUUCUACAGUGUGGAAUUCAGUGCUCAUUCUAAGUUCCUGGCUAGUGAACAACAGCUUUUACCUGUAUUUAUGGUGGAAGGGCUGGAGCCCUAUGCUACAUUUAAUCUUUCUGUCACUCCCUACACCUACUGGGGAAAGGGCCCCAAAACAUCCCUAUCUCUUCGGGCACCUGAAACAGUUCCAUCAGCACCAGAGAACCCCAGAAUAUUUAUAUUACCAAGUGGAAAAUACCACAAGAACAAAGUUGUGGUGGAAUUUAGAUGGACUAAACCUAAGCAUGAAAAUGGUGUGUUAACAAGAUUUGAAAUUUUCUAUCAAAUAUCUAACCAAAGUGACACAAAUAAAACAUUCAAAGACUGGAUUGCUGUCAAUGUCACUCCUUCAGUGAUGUCUUUUCAACUUGAAGACAUGAGUCCUGGAUACACUGUUGCCUUCCAGGUUCGGGUUUUCACAUCUAAAGGGCCAGGACCAUUUUCUGACAUAGUAAAGUCUAAAACAUCAGAAAUCAACCCAUUUCCUUACCUCAUAACUCUUCUUGGCAACAAGAUAAUAUUUUUAGAUAUGGAUCGACAUCAAGUUGUGUGGACCUUUUCAGUGGAAAGAGAUAUAAGUGCUGUAGGCUACACGAUUGAUAAUGAGAUGGGGUAUUAUGCUCAAGGAGACUCUCUCUUCCUUCUGAACUUGCACAAUCAUUCGAGCUCUGAGCUUUUCCGAGAUGCAGUGGUUUCUAAUGUCACAGCUAUUACAAUUGACUGGAUUUCAAGGCACCUCUACUUUGCACUGAAAGAGUCACAAAAUGGAAUACAAAUUUUUGAUGUUGAUCUUGAACACAAAGUGAAACGACCCAGGGAGCUAAAGAUUUUCAACAGGAAUUCAACAAUAAUUUCUUUUUAUGUAUAUCCUCUUUUAAGUCGCUUGUAUUGGACAGAAGUUUCCGAUUUUGGCUAUCAGAUGUUCUACUACAGUAUUAUCAAUCACACCUUGCACCGCAUUCUGCAACCCACAGCCACAAACCAACAAACUGGAAGAAGCCAAUGUUUUUGUAAUGUGACUGAAUUUGAAUUAAGUGGAGCAAUGACUGUUGAUACCUCUGACCUGGAGAAACCACAGAUAUAUUUUGCCAAAGGGCAAGAAAUCUGGGCCACAGAUCUGGAAGGAUGUCAGUGUUGGAGAGUUAUCAUGAUGCCUGGCGUGCUUGAACAAACACUUGUUAGCUUAACCGUGGAUGGAGAAUUUAUAUAUUGGAUCAUCACAGUAAAGGACAGCACAGAGAUUUGUCAAGCAAAGAAAAGAAAUGGGGCAAUCCUCUCCCAAGUGAAGGCCCUAGGGAGCAAGCAAAUCUUGGCUUACAGUUCCGUUAUGCAGCCUUUUCCAGACAAAGCAUUUCUGUCUCUAGCUUCAACUAUUGGAGAGCCAGCGCUACUUAAUGCUACCAACAGUAGCCUCACCAUCAGACUACCUCCAGCCACAACGAACCUCACAUGGAACAGCAUUACCAGCCCUACGCCAACAUACUUGGUCUGUUACACAGCAGUGAAUGGCCGGAAAAACAGCUCUGACAGAUGUAGAAUGCUGGAAUUUCAGGAGAGAAUAGCCCUUAUUGAAGAUUUACAACCAUUUUCAACAUAUAUGAUACAAAUAGCUGUAAAGAAUUAUUACUCAGAUCCUUCAGAACAUUUACUUCUGGGAAAAGAGAUUUGGGGAAAAACCAAAAGUGGAGUACCAGAGGCAGUAUGGCUCAUUAACACAACUGUGCAGUCAGACACCAGUCUUAUUAUAUCUUGGAGAGAAUCUCACAAGCCAAAUGGACCUAAAGAGUUAGUCCGAUAUCAAUUGGCAAUCUCACAUCUGGGCCUAAUUCCUGAGACUCCUCGAAGACGAAGCGAAUUUCCAAAUGGAAGGCUUGCUCUGUUUGUUACUGCACUGUCUGGUGGACAAUUAUAUGUGUUAAAGGUUCUGGCCUGCCACUCUGAGGAAAUGUGGUGUGCUGAGAGUCAUCCUGUCACUGUCAAAAUGUUUGACACACCAGAGAAACCUUACGCCUUGGUUCCAGAGAACACUAGUUUGCAAUUAGAGUGGAAGGCUCCAUCUAAUGUUAACCUCAUCAAAUUUUGGUUUGAACUCCAGAAGUGGAAAUACAACGAGUUUUACCAUGCUAAAGCUUCAUGCAGCCAAAAUCCUGCUUAUGUCUGUAACAUCUCAAAUCUACAGCCUUAUACUUCGUAUAAUGUUCGAGUAGUUGUGGUUUAUGAAACAGGAGAAAACAGUACCUCACUUCCUGAAAGCUUUAAGACAAAAGCUGGAGUUCCAAGUAAACCAGGCAUUCCAAAAUUAUUAGAAGGGAGCAAAAAUUCAGUACAGUGGGAAAAAGCUGAAGAUAAUGGAAGUAGACUUAUGUACUAUCUCCUUGAGAUCAGAAAAGGCACUUCAAAUGAUUCAAAGAACCAGAGUUUGAAGUGGAGAAUGACAUUCAAUAGUUCCUGUAGUAGCAUUUGCAUAUGGAAGUCCAAUAAUCUGAAAGGGACUUUUCAGUUCAGAGUAGCAGCUGCAAAUAAUCUGGGAUUUGGCGAAUACAGUGACAUCAGUGAGAAUAUUACAUUAGUGGGAGAUGGUUUUUGGAUACCAGAAACAAGUUUUAUACUUACUAUUAUAAUAGGAAUAUUUCUGGUUGUUAUAAUUCCAUUGGCUUUGGUUUGGCAUAGAGGAUUAAAGAAUAAGAAAACUUCCAAAGAAGGACUAUCAGUUCUCAUAAACGAAGACAAAGAGUUGGCUGAGCUGCGAGGCCUGGCGGCUGGAGUAGGACUGGCUAAUGCCUGCUAUGCCAUACAUACUCUUCCAACCCAAGAGGAGAUUGAAAAUCUUCCUGCCUUCCCUCGGGAAAAACUGACUCUGCGUCUCUUGUUGGGAAGUGGAGCCUUUGGGGAAGUGUAUGAAGGGACAGCAGUAGACAUCUUAGGAGCUGGAAGUGGAGAAAUUAAAGUAGCAGUGAAGACUUUAAAAAAGGGCUCCACAGACCAGGAGAAGAUUGAAUUCCUGAAGGAGGCACAUCUGAUGAGCAAGUUUAAUCACCCGAACAUUCUGAAACAGCUUGGUGUUUGUCUGCUAAAUGAACCCCAGUACAUUAUCCUAGAACUGAUGGAAGGAGGAGAUCUUCUUACCUAUUUGCGUAAAGCCCGCAUGACAACGUUUCACGGUCCUUUACUCACCUUGGUUGACCUUGUGGACCUGUGUGUAGAUAUUUCAAAAGGCUGUGUGUACUUGGAGCAGAUGCACUUCAUUCACAGGGAUCUGGCGGCUCGGAAUUGCCUUGUCUCUGUGAAAGACUAUACUAGUCCUUCAAGGAUAGUAAAGAUUGGAGACUUUGGACUUGCAAGGGACAUCUAUAAAAAUGACUACUACAGAAAGAGAGGGGAAGGCCUGCUCCCUGUUCGCUGGAUGGCUCCAGAAAGUCUGAUGGAUGGGAUCUUCACUACUCAGUCUGAUGUAUGGUCUUUUGGGAUUCUGAUUUGGGAGAUUUUAACUCUUGGUCAUCAGCCUUAUCCAGCUCAUUCCAACCUAGAUGUUUUAAACCAUGUGCAAACAGGAGGGAGACUGGAGCCACCACGAAAUUGUCCUGAUGAUCUGUGGAAUUUAAUGACUCAAUGCUGGGCUCAAGAACCUGACCAAAGGCCUACUUUCUAUAGCAUUCAAGACCAGCUUCAAUUAUUCAGAAAUGUCUCCCUAAAUAGUAUUUCUCAAUGCAGAAGCGAAACAAACACCAGUGGAAUCAUAAAUGAAGGCUUUGAAGGCGAAGAUGCCAAUGUGAUUUGUUCAAAUUCAGAUGGUGUUACACCAAUUGCUUUAAUGGAAGCCAAGAACCAAGAAGGGCUAAACUAUAUGGUACUUGCUACAGAAAGCAGCCAAGGCGAAGAAAGUUCUGAGGGUCCUCUGGGCUCCAAGGAAUCUGAAUCUUGUGGUCUAAGAAAAGAAGAGAAGAAGCAACAUGCAGACAAAGAUUUCUGCCAAGAAAAACAAGUGGCUUACUGCCCUCCUGGCAAGCCUGAGGGCCUGAACUAUGCUUGUCUCACUCACAGUGGAUAUGGAGAUGGGUCUGAUUAAUAGUGCUGUUUGGGAAAUACAGAGUUAAGAUAAACACUCUCAUUAAGUAGUUUCUGAAAGAAAACUCAAGUAGAAUGAUAGAUGUCAUAGUGGUUGGUGAUGCUGAAUUAACACUGUAAAGAUUCUCAGUUCUAAUCUUAUUUUGAGAGCCAAGUGCAACAAACUGACGUUCAGUAGAAUUAUGAGGUGAGCCACUAAGCUUGUGGAAAGCUUGGGAAGACUCCCAAAUCUGGAAGGAGAACACCACUCUCCUUUUUUGAGGUCCUAUAGGCCUUGGCUCACUCUUCUGCCUAAGCGGCAAUGAGAACAUUAUAGCCAGAUGUUGGAGACAGAAAUAGGUGUGUUCAGAGACCUGAAGGAGGGGAGAUAGGAUGAGAAACAUGCCCAAGCAGUGGCUAAACUACAGGUUAUCUCAAAGGGACAGAGGGAAGGAGUUAAGAGCUCUACACAUCCAGAAGGAACCUUCACCUGUGACAUAAUAAAUCGUUUGGAAAGCUAUGACUACAAUAAAACAGCAUCUUUAAUCACUACCGGAGUAUUCUGGAGACUUAGAACAGCAUAUUGUAUUCUAUCACUUCAGUGGGACAACGAACAGCUCUGAGUUUAGCCUUCUGUAAUCUUCGAGUUGUACAAAACAUAUUCUGUGACUUGAGUGCUGCCAUGGAAAUUACUUAGAAUAAAGAUGUUUUAUUUGCCAUAUCUAUAUCAUACAUAAAACACUUCAGGUUACACUUAAUAUCAAACUGUCCUUAAGAUUAAAGAGAUUGUACAAUGUUAAAUCAAGUUUAAAUCAAGAUAUGUGAUUUUUAACAUCCACACAAAAUAAUAAAUACCUAAAUGAGAACUGUUUAAAAAAUUCUUUAGAGAAACA